CAGCGUUCAUGUUUGACAACAAAUUCUACGUGGAUUUUGGGAAGAUCUUUUGCCAGCUUAAAUCGUCCAACGAUGACUAAAUUACAAUAUCUGAAUGUGUAUUUGACUGAGCGUCUCAUGCAAGCUGCUGAGGAAAUACUAAGAGUUGUCGCAGACACGAUCUCCGAGUACCAGGAAGAAAUAUCCCGGACAAAGCGAGAGAACCAAUACCUUAAACGACACUUGAUCACACCGGUCCUACCGCCGGCCCCUCAGCCCAUUCUCUCUUGGGUCUCAGAGCCGCGAACUCCCCCUGAACAACAGCACUGUGAGCAGGAGUGGAGGCCCAGUCUUGGCCAGGAGGACCUUGAGACCACACAGAUUAAAGAGGAACAUGGUGAACUCUGGACCAGUCAGGAGGAAGAGCAGCUUCAAGUUCCGGAGUCUGAUACCAAAGAAGACUCCAUAUCUACUCUUCCCUGUGUGAAAAAUUAUGAGGACCGACCUCAGCCUUCACAUCUUCCCCGAAACGAAACUGUGGAGAACAGAGUGAGGGAGUCUCUACUGACCAACACAACUGGACAGAUCAAAACAGAACCUGAUGGCUAUGGAGUAUCACUAUCAGAACCAACCAGUGACUCCCCUCAGUCUCAGCCCGUUUCUGAAGUAAGUCCAGACUCUUCUAGAACACAAAGUCAGAACACUGAGAACACAGAAAGUGUUCCUAUUGUUCUGAGAGAUCUAGAAAGGAGACCAGAGGAGGAUACAGACACACACUCAUGUACUCAGUGUGGAGCCGUGUUCUGUGAGCUAUCCCAACUGGAGGCACACAUGCCAUCCCACACAGCACCACACAGUGGUGACACUAGUCACAGGCAAAUCAUGUGCACAGUCUGUUGGAAGUCAUUCACCUCUACCAGUUACCUCAAGGUCCACCAGCGUUCUCACACUAAGGAAAAGCCCUUUCACUGUGGUGUGUGUGGCAAGAGCUUCAGCUACUCAGGGAAGUUUAGGGAACACCAGCGGAUUCACACAGGAGAGAGACCUUACCGCUGCUACGUUUGUGGUAAACGCUUCAACCAGUCAGCCCACCUGAAGGCCCACCUGAGGGUACACACAGGGGAGAAACCCUACUCCUGUCCUGUCUGUGGGAAAGGAUUCAGUCAGUCCAGCCAGAUCAAGAGACACCUCAGAACUCACAUCCAAGAGAGGUAGAAUAAUAAUAACUUGGAGUGGAAAGAGCCCAUGAGUGGAUAAACAGUAACCUCGGAAGCCACCUGAUCUUACGUGAAUGGUUCGCUACCACAGAAUCAGUCUGGUAAUUACGAGGCUAGAUAGACAGAGCCUUCUGUUCUCAAAGUGCCCAGCAUUUGGGAAGAGAAAGAAAGAAAUACAUUUCUUAUUUUCAGUGCUACUAAUUCUACAGUAACAGUGCCUCAAAGUGUUCAUACCCCUUGACUAAUUCUACAUUUUGUUGUUACAGCCUGAAUUCAAAAUGGAUUUAAAAAAUAAUAAUAAUCUCACCCAUGUACACACAAUACCCCAUAAUGACAAAGUGAAAAUAUAUUUUUGAAAUGUAUUGAAAAUGAAAUACAGAAAUAUCUCUUUUACACAAGUGUUCACACCCCUGAGUCAAUACUUUACAGAAGCACCUUUGGUGGUGAUUACAGCUGUGAGUUUUUCUGGGUAAAUCUCUCAGUUUGCACACCUGGAUUGUACAGUAUUUGUCCAUUUUAUCAUUAAAAAACCGGUUCAAGUCAGAACUGUAACUAGGCCACUCAGGAACAUUCAAUUUGGUAUUUGUAAGCAACUCCAGUGUAGAUCUGGCCUUGUGUUAUAGGUUAUUGUCCUGCUGAAAGGUGAAUUUUGUCUCCCAGUGUCUGUUGAAAAGGAUUUGGCCUGUGCUUAUAGCUGUUUUCUGUUUCUUUUUAUCCCCAACAUUUCCUUUGCUGAUGACAAGCAUACCCAUAACAUGAUGCAGCCAGAAAAUAUGAAGCGUGGUACUCCGCGAUGUGUUAUGUUGGAUUUACCCCAAACAUAAUGCUUUGUUUUCAGGACAAAAAGUUAAUUUCUUUGCCUAAUGUUUUGCAGUAUUACUUAAGUGCCUUGUUGCAAACAGGAAUAUUUUUAUUCUGUACAGGUUUCCUUCUUUUCAUUCUGUCAUUUAGGUUAGUAUUAUGGAGUUACUUGUUGAUCCAUCCUCUGUUUUCUCCUAUUACAGCCAUUAAACUAACUGUUUCAAAGUCACCAUUGGCUUCAUGGUGAAAUCUCUGAACAGUUUCCUUCCUCUCCGGCAACUGAGUUAGGAAGGACACCUGUAUCUUUGUAAUGACUGGGUGUAUUUAUACACCACCAAAGUGUAAUUAAUAACUUUGCUAUGUUCAAAGGGA